AUGAGCAAGUUGUCGUUUCGUGCUCGGGCGCUCGACGCAAACAAGCUCAUGCCGAUAUUUCUCGAUGAAGAAUUGCCGGACUUGUGCGACUAUGCCAGCAUCAAUCGCUCAGUUCCAGCGAUGCCAUCCGGCAUGGAAAAAGAAGAGGAAAUGGUAAGCGCUAAAAAUUCAAGAUGGCGUCUCGCGCUUUGUUUGCCGCCUUUUCCUAAAGGCGGCGCUUGUGUCGUUGCGCUGAUCUAA